AUGCAAUUCUUAAAUCAAAGUCACAAAAUUGUAACAUUAUGCCUCGCUUUAAAAAUUUGGCAUUUACAUGUAUUUGCAUAUUAUACACCAAGUCAAAGCUUAAUCUCCCACUCUGCUUUCUUACUUGGAGAGAAAAUUUACUUUUUUGGUGGUCAAGUUUUGAAUGGCAGUCUUUUUUAUUUGGAUUUGACUGUGGAUUGGAAUAAUAAAGAUCCAGCAUUCGCUAAAGCUGAUGGUUUGAUGGAUUUAUCAACACUACGAAAUGCGACUACAAACUUAGUAGUGAAAGAUAAUAAACCGUUCACAACCGAUACAACAGAUACUAUCAAUAGUGAAAUGUUCCAAGUUGAUUUAAGCAAUACGCCAUAUACAUAUUCUAAGAUUAAACCGCAUGGACAAUUACCUCCUGUUCCUCGUUCGUAUAUUUCCUCUGUGGUUGAUAGCCUUGGAAAAAUUUAUUUAUGGGGUGGAGACAGUGCAGACACAUAUUCGAAUCCAAGCACACAUGAUAACACAAUGUAUAUAUUCGAUACAAACUCAUCAACAUGGAGUUACAAUAAGCCAUCAAAUGCACCGGAUGCUAGAGAUGGGUACACUGCAACGUUAUUACCAAAUGGAAAAAUCGUUUAUAUUGGUGGAAUAUAUACAAAUCAUGGUGGCGAUGCUAAUAUUAAUGAGAUUUUGAUUUAUGAUACAUAUAAUACUCGAUCACCUUGGAGUUUGAUGACUGCAAGAAAUCAUACGGAGCUAGCAAAUAGAUAUGGUCACUCUGCUGUUUUAGCGCCAAAUGGUUAUAGUAUUAUUAUAUAUGGAGGAGACACCUCACCUUCAGUGCUAACAUCGGAUUUGGGCUUAUUGGUUUUGGAUACUCGAGAUUACUCGUGGGAUCAGCCUUAUUCACAAAAUGCACCCGACAAAUACAGCACACGGAGAUAUCAUACUGCUACUGUUCAUCAGAAUUAUAUGAUUGUUGCUUUUGGUGUACUAAGAUACUCGGGCAGUUCUUUGUAUCCAGUACAAAUUCUUGAUCUUUCCGACGGAAACUAUAAAUGGACUGAAAAUUUUGUUGCCUCGUCAUCGCCAUCGUCAAAGAAGAAAAUCAUUAUUAUUGGAAUUAUUGUGUCAAUAAUCAUCGUUAUGGUGCUCGGAGUAUCAGAAUUUUUAAUUAAGAAGCGCCGAAGAAAGAAAGUCCUUGUGAUGGCAAAUCAACGAAAUGUUCUGCCAACAUUAAGCUAUCCCGCUCCUCCAUCUUCUAAUAACAACAAUACCACUAAUAAUCAAACACCAGUAUUUAAUGUCCCACCAGACCAAUCGAAUUUAUCAGAAGUCAUAUUUAGCAUAUCCGCCAAUUUCGUUUUCUGGAUCAUUUUUUACUUAGUGUGCAAGCAUAUCAAGUCACUUUAA